AUGGUCAAGUGCAGCCCCAUCCUCUCGGCUCUGGCGGGCGUCUACUCGCUCCUCAACACGACGUCGCAGCACAACGGCGAGCCGAUCCCCGACCGCGCGUACGGCGCCGCGCCGGUUGGCCUGCUCAUGUACACGAAAAGCGGGUUCAUGAGCGCGACCAUCAGCGCGACCGAGCCCGAGUUCCGGCCGAUGAACCUGACCUUUCCGUUCACCGACGACCAGUCGGACCACGACUGGGCGCUGGCGGGCAAGCACUCGAUCGGGUACGCGGGCCACCUGUCCAUCUCGAACGCGUUCCCGGCGUCCAAGACGCGCGGCCAGCUCAUCCACGGCCCCCUCAUCGCCGCCAACGUGCCCCGCUGGGUGGGCACCAAGCAGAUCCGCAACUACACUGUCCAUCGCGAGGGCAACCGCACCCUCCUGCAGAUCGACUCGCAGCGCGACGGCGGGUAUACCGGCCAGCUGUGGUGGCUCAAGCUGGACUAG